UAGCAGUUGCAGGAGAAGCCCAAGUAUCAUCGUGGAGGCUUGUUAAAAAAAAAAAAAAAAAGUAUCAUCGUGGAAGGUCGGAGCUGGACUUGGUUCUGCUGUUCUACAUUCUUAAUUUCAUUUGGUUCAGGUCUCUCUCUCUCUCUGUUUUUCUUUGAUACACAAUUUCAGCUCUCUCUCCCUCCAUUCCUUUCCCUAAAUUAUCUAUUCAACACCUGAGAUUAACAGCUUUAUCAUAGAUUGAUGGUUAAUCUGUAUCUUAAGCAAUAGCUAUCAAGAAUAAUACAAGGCCAGCAGCUCCAAAAUCUCUUAUUUCACGAGAUUAGUCCAAUAUAGAUCUGGGAAGAACAAAGCUAGAGAUGGAGAUGAUAAAUUCAAGUGAUGGAGAUGCGGAUCAAGAGAUGAGUGUUGCAAUUGCUCGUGGGGGACCUAUUUACAUUCCCAACUUAGUGGGACCUCUAACCAGGGUUCCUGACUUUGAGUCUGCUCUUUUCUAUGAACUUGAGGAUUUGAAGGAUGAAUUGUGCUUGCACGCUAUUUCACCAUCCAAUGAUGAUAAUAUUUCGAUUGAUGAGCUUAAAAUUUAUAGCAACGAGGAUUUGCUGGAGUUGGCCUUGAAGGAAACUCUGAAUGAUGAGAAGAAGAAUGAAAGUUCCUUGCGGCCAUCCUCAGAGGGCUUGAUUACCAGGAGAGAAAAUGAUAUUAGGGAUUCAAGCAAUAAUACUGAUUUGGAAAGCUCUGAAGUAGGAGAUCCUUCAGCCACUUUGGAAUCAUUAAAUGAAGAAACCUAUUACAACGGAACAAUUGUUAACAAGAAGUCAAGGAAGAGACAAAGACCGUUGAAAUCUUUAGAUGGAUCUCAUAGUGGAACCAGUUGUAACGGAACUAUCAAUAGCAACAAUUCAAGGAAGGGAAAAGGAAAGAAGGCAAAUAAAUGUGAUGUUGGCGAGAGUUGCUUUGCGAAGGUGGAUGAAGUAUUGAAAAUCAAACAAAAGCAGGAUCAAGACAAAGCAACUGUUAGACUGCAUUCAUUUAAUUGCAAAGCCAACAUGGGUGCCAUUCCAUCCUCAGAGCUAGAGAGUGGUGAAAGGCUGAAAAUUCUACUAUCUACAAAUUUUGGGAAACAGCAGUCGAAGCCCUCAAAUGUUCAAGAACACAUAUCUGUACACCAUCCAGAGGUUGUUCUUUGCAUUGAGGUUUACCACAACAUACGACACUGGUUAAAGACACAAGAGUUCUUGGUCCUAGGAAGACAAAUGUUAACUGAAAUGAGGGACAGGAUUUAUUGCAUGACAGACCAAGUGAUGCAAAAGGCAGGGCAUUAUGAUCCAUCUGGAUAUUUUCUCAUAGAAGAUGUGUUUUGCAAUGAUACAAGGGAUCCAUCUGCAAUAGAUUGCAGUGAACCAAUUUUUGAUUGGCUUAAAAACUCAAAGGAUGAUGCCCUUAGAAAAUGGGAAUGUAUCAUAAGUGGUGAGUUACAACGAAAACAGAAAGCAGUCAUAGGUGAGGUAGCCACUUCACAGUUGCCCAAAUUCAGAUGUGUUGACAUGCAGAAAACACGGUUUUGUGACUUGAGAUUUCGUCUUGGUGCUGGAUACCUCUACUGUCAUCAGGGAGACUGCACGCAUACCAUUGUUAUCAGAGACCUAAGAUUGAUUCAUCCCGAGGAUGUCCAGAACCGGGCAGCUUAUCCAAUAUUAAUUUUCCAACUAAAAUUACGUUUCCAGAAAUGCAAUGUUUGCAACAUUUUCAGGGCUACAAAAGUGAUUGUGGAUGACAAAUGGACCCCAGAUAACCCUUGCUAUUUCUGUAAUGACUGCUAUUACCUUCUUCACUACUCUGAGAAUGGAUCUCUACUGUAUAGUGAUUUCUCAACUUAUGACUAUCUUCAUGACUAAUUCUUGUAUUAGAUCUUUGUUUUUGAACUUGCAAUUUCUUGAACAAGUACCUUUCUUGGCAACCAUAGUUUUAAUUGUAGCUAUAAAUUUCAUGAGUUCACAA